UGGCGUCAUUCACAGGCUCUUUGUUCCCGGCAUUGCAGCUCUUUUUAUAUAUAGGGACUUUCCCGGAGUGAAUCUUUCUGUGUUCAAGUGGUGAACGACCCACGCCACCAAGGGACUUCGCUGCCCUUCUCCUAACCCACUGACCCCUGCACUGCUAUGGGGAUCUUUUAGCUUUACUAUCCUAUCUGACUACCGAAACCAUGUCCAACCCCGACACCCCGAUUACCCUGGCGGAAUCGCAGGGCGAAAGUGCCCUGCGCCAGGACUCCACGCAACCAUCCUCCCCGGCCACUGACGCCGGCGAUCGGUACACCAAGCCCCCAUCGGACGAAAAGAUGAACGGACCGGAAGAGACCGAGGAGAUGGACAGCGGGUCGAAAGCGCUCAUGACGCUUUUGAAAUCGAGUGAAGUGUUUGUAGCUAUCAUGGCAGAUCGGAUGAAGGAACAGCAGGAAGAAGCGAGACAAGAAGCGGCGAAGCAGCAGAAGCAGCAGACUUCGGAGACGAAGAAGAAGCCCGUUGCUUCUAAGGAACCGGCCCCGAAGCGCGAGACCCGCACGAGUGCGCGACGCAGUACAGCGAGUGAACAGGCCUCCGCCGAGAAGACAGAACCUGACGACCAAGCGGAGCAAAAGCCGAAACGAGGCCGAGGCAGGAAGCCUGUGCCUGCAAAGGGCAAUGCGAUCUCGAACUACUUCAAGAAAGCGGAUGUGAAGGUUUCGGAGGACAACCCGACGGUCAAGGAGGCUUUGGAACAUGCUGCGGAUGAGUAUGAGGCGAACCCUACGGCGUUGGGUGGACAGGAGCUUGUUGCCACGCAGCAGCCGGACUUGGUCACUGGGGGAAAGAUGAGACAAUAUCAAUUGGAAGGGCUGGAAUGGCUCAAGUCGCUUUGGAUGAAUGGCUUGUGCGGAAUUCUGGCGGACGAGAUGGGUCUUGGUAAAACCGUCCAGGCUAUCUCUUUGAUUGCCUUUUUCAAGGAGAAGAAGAUCUCGGGCCCCUUCUUGAUAGCCGCGCCUCUAAGUACCGUGAGCAAUUGGGUAGACGAAUUCGCAAGAUGGACUCCGGAUAUCAAGACCGUGUUGUACCACGGCAGCAAAGAUGAGCGUGCAGAGAUCCGGAGGGAGUUUAUGAACCCGAAGAAUCAGAGAGACAUGGAUUUUCCGGUGGUCUGUACCUCCUAUGAAAUAUCCAUGAAUGAUCGGAAGUUCCUUUCGCAAUACCAAUGGCGUUACAUAAUUGUGGAUGAGGGACAUCGUCUGAAGAACAUGAACUGCCGGCUUAUCAAAGAGCUGCUCACCUACAAUUCCGCCAACAGACUACUUAUCACGGGCACGCCGCUACAGAACAAUAUAACCGAGCUAUGGUCGCUACUGCAUUUCUUGCUGCCAGAGAUCUUCAAUGAUCUGAACAGUUUCCAAAGCUGGUUUGACUUCUCCUCAAUGCUGGACAAUAAUGGUCAGACCGAUGUCAUCGAGCGUCGAAAGCGAAGCCUGGUCUCCACGAUGCACUCCAUCUUGAAGCCUUUCCUACUGAGACGCGUGAAAACCGAUGUGGAAACCUCUCUGCCCAAGAAACGCGAAUAUAUUCUUUACGCGCCUCUAACGGCUGAACAGAAAGAUUUAUACCGGGAAAUUUUGAAUGGGACGGGGCGUCAAUACCUCGAAGAUAAAGCUCGGGAGAGGCUAUUCGCUCGCAAUGAGAGGCUGUCGCGCUCAGGAAGCGUGAAACGAAGCGCUGAUAGCAGCGGAUACACCACUCCCAAUAAAAGUCUCAAGUCGAGUCGUGGUUCGACGCCCGCCAGUGCCUCCGGAUCUACUCGCAGAAACCGAGGGCCGCAGACUUACAAGGAACUAAGUGACCGUGAAUUCAAUGCGAAGCUUCGAAGGCUCGAGCAAGGCAUUGAGGAUGAUUUGGACAUUGAAGGCCCUGGCGAAAGCGAGGAAGAAGAGAUCGAACGGGCGAAGACGAUCAAGCUCGCAAAGAAAGAGAUCGCCCAGAAGAAGAUGCAAAACCCCGUCAUGCAAGCCCGUCUAGCAUGUAACUCCCCACACAACUUCUACUGGCCCUGGGAAGACGGUCCCAUCGACAAAUCGCUCGUUACUGCCUCGGGGAAAAUGCUUCUCCUCGACCGCCUGGUCCCCUGUCUUCUCAAAAAGGGCCACAAAAUUCUCAUCUUCUCCCAAUUCAAAACCCAACUCGACCUCCUUCAGGACUGGGCCACGCAGCUCCGCUCCUGGCACUGCUGUCGCAUCGACGGCGCGAUCAGCCAGGCCGACCGCCAGGCCCAGAUCAAAGCCUUCAACACCGAUCCUCGAUACAAGCUCUUUCUUCUCAGCACGCGUGCCGGCGGCCAAGGCAUCAACCUGACGGCCGCAGACACGGUCAUCCUAUACGAUUCCGACUGGAACCCGCAGCAGGAUCUCCAGGCCCAGGAUCGAGCCCAUCGCAUCGGACAGACCAAACCCGUGAUCGUCUACCGGCUCGCCACAAAGGGCACCGUCGAGCAGACGCUCCUCGAGAAAGCCGACUCGAAGCGCCGUCUAGAGCGACUCGUCAUCCAGAAGGGGAAGUUCAAGAACCUUCUCGACACCGGCGCCGGCAUGAACCAGAACGACGUCGACGAUCUCCGAAAAGCCCUCGGGGAGGAUGAAUACGAGCUCUUUGAAGCGGGCGCCGAUCCCUCGGGCCUCCUGUCCCAGAAGGACCUGGACAUUUUGACGGAUCGCAGCGAGGAGGCCUAUGCGCGUGCUGAGAAGGGUCUGGACCAGAGCGGACCGGCGUUCUUGGCCGUGGAGACGAAACGAGACGGAGGUGGUCUGAUGGCUCAGAUCGCCGGGAAAUAAACGGAGUUUAUUCUCUUUCUGUUGCCAUUGUACCAAUAGACCAUCCCACCCCCUUUGCAUUAAUUGAUAUGGAAACUCCGUUCGUUGGAGGGAGUCGGUUGGUGCCGGCGUUGAGGUACUGCUAUACGCAUUGGACUUUUGAGCCUGCUGGAGAAGACACAAGUUGGUUCAUGUUUUUCUGGGGGAAAAUUAUGCACUGUACAUUAGAUGUGAUAUGUAGUACAACAGGAGCAUGUGGGGGUGGAUCCUCUAAUCAAUUUAAAUCAUUCCAAGACAAAAAAAGAAAAGAACGAAAGAAAGAAAACAUGAAAACAUCCAU